AUGACGCGAUAUCCGAAGUCAGGAAAAGGCAAAAAGUGGACGGCUCUGGAGCUCAAGGCCGUACCCCAGGCGUGGCGCGGCGACAUGCUGAGCGACGGCGACGGCCUGACCGGCGAAGUCCAGGUCGUCGGCGACCAGACCAUCUCCAUCCACUUCAAGUUCGCCUUCAAAUGGAACGGCAAAGUGGCCUGGCACUACUGUGGCACCUGGCCGGCCAUGUCCAUGGAACAGAUCCGCCGGCAACGCGAUGAGGCGCGCGAUCUGGUCCGUUCCGGCGUCAACCCCAACGACCAGAAAAAGGCCGAGCGCAUCGAGAAUCAGGCUGCGGUCGAAGCGACGAUCGCGCAGGCCGCCGCCGAGGCCAGCCAGAACAAGCCCUUCAAGGACAUGUUCGACGCCUGGCUGGCCGAUGGCGUGGCCCGCAAGGACGGCAACGCCGAACUGCGCCGCUCGUUCGAGAAGGACGUGCUGCCCGUGCUGGGCGACAAGCCCGUGCGCAGCAUCACCGAGCACGACCUGCGCAAGGUCCUGCGGACCAUGGUGGCCCGCGGCGUGAACCGCAUGUCCGUGCGCGUGCACCAGGACCUGGUGCAGUUGUUCGCCUGGGCCGAGAAGCGCCAGCCCUGGCGCGGCCUGCUGAUCGAAGGAAAUCCGGCCGACCUGAUCGAGAUCCGCAAGAUCGUGUCCAAGGAUUUCGACAUGGUCAACGAGCGCGACCGCGUGCUGACGGCCAGGGAGCUGCAGGAACUGCAUUCGAUCUUUCAGCGCAUGGAGGCGGACUACGAAGAGACCCCGGCCGGCCACAAAUACGAGGUGCAGCGCCCGCUCAAGCGCGAGACCCAACUGGCCAUCUGGAUCUGCCUGGGUACGCUGUGCCGCAUCGGCGAGCUGCUGAUGACCCGCUGGGAAGACGUGGACCUGGCAGAGCGCUACUGGACCAUCCCGAUCGAGAACGUCAAGGGACCGAUGGGCAAGAAGCAAGGUCACCGGGUCUACCUCUCGGACUUCUCGCUGCGGCAGUUCCAGGCGCUCAAGGCCCUCACCGGAACAUUGCCCUACUGCUUCCCGGCCCGCAACCACAAGGAAGACACCCACAUCGACGUCAAGACCGUGUCCAAGCAGGUGGGCGACCGACAGAUCCAGUUCAAGGUCCGCAAGGACCUGUCACGCCGUGCCAACGACAACGCGCUGGUCCUCAAGAGCGGCAGCCACCGCGAGUGGACACCACAUGACAUGCGGCGCACCGGUGCCACCAUGAUGCAGGCGCUGGGCAUCCUGCCCGACAUCAUCGACCGCUGCCAGAACCACGUGAUGGCCGGCAGCCGGGUGCGACGGCACUUCAUGCACCACGAGUUCGCCGACGAGAAGAAAGUGGCCUGGGACAAGCUAGGGCAGCGGAUUGAUGCCAUCUUGGCGCCAACAACAGCCACAUGA